AUGAUAGGGCCGGAUACUCGUGAAAUCGCUUACUGCGAUGGUGAGGUAUACGAUGCAGAAUUGGAUAAGAUUCAGCCAACACCGGGACAUUGUAUUUGGCUAGCGAAUCCUGCCAAUACGGAAGAUGGAGCUGCGUUGCUUCUGGAUGUUGAAAAUGGCACUAUAACCGAGUACUCAGUACGGAGUAAUCGGAAUGUCUGUCUCGAUGCAGAUCUGUACGAGUCACUGCCUCUGGAAGAUCGCUGGAUGGCUCAUUCCACAUUACCAGUCACUGAUUUAUUUCGCGCAUGGACCAACAAAUACAAGAAACUAGAAUGGAUGCCUUGCCUCAAGGAAGAAGGGCCAGGAACAGUCAUGUGGUUUAUCAGUCCCAAACAGGACGAUGCCAUAUUUGACGACGACGAUGACUAUUCGGAAGAUUGCGAUGAGAGUUAUGAGCCUAGUUCCGAGGAGUCGGAUGACGACAACUAUGAUAGCGAAGACUAUGAGGAUGAAAGUGAUCCGUAUGAGUACGAUAAUGAAGACGAAUUUGCAACAGUGGGCAACACGCGAGGAAAACUCGAACAAGAGAUUCGGUUAGGAGAUGGCAAGCUUCUUGCCACUGAUAAGCUUGCUUUGAUGAAGGUAGUGAAUGAAGCUUACUUGAUUUACAUUGAGAAUGGCUGGCCAGAUGCGUUCAACCACGACGAAUGCCAACGGCAAUUAUCUGAGCUUUCUAAGCAGAUAGAGCCAUAG